AUGGGCAAACGCAUCGCUUCGGAACGCCAGCAACAAACGGAAACCAAUAAAACACAACCACGGAAACGCAAGCGUCCCGCUGUUAAAGCCUCCCGGGUGGAGAAGUGCCAGCGCCUGAGCGCUGACAAUAACAAUUUUGAUUGGCACGAAAACGAUGACGAGGACUCCUCCUCAUCCGGCUCGGCAAACGUAGCUCUGUUGCAAACACCACAGCCGCAGGCGCCGCCACCAGCAGCACCACGUGGCCAGUGUCCAGUCAAUUCGCGUGCAUCAUUGCUGUCCCUGGCCACAUUUGCCAGCGGCGGCUUCAGCGAUCACAAUAAUUCCAAUGCAACCGAAUCACCGCGCCCGGUUUACACACUGCGCCCGUCUGUAGUCAAUGGCACCAUACUUAGGGAUGUGCUCUCCAAGGCCUGGCGACUAGGACGACCCAUAGGCAAGGGCAACUUUGGCGAGAUAUUUCUUGCCUCGGAUGACACUGUUUGCCCGGUUAGCUCGGAGAGCGCCAAAUAUGUGGUCAAAAUAGAGCCACACUCGAAUGGGCCGCUCUUCGUGGAAAUACAUUGUCUCAUCAAUACCAAUCAGACACCGCAGAUUACGAAUGGCAACGAGGCGUGCAGCAUUGAGAAGCUGCCACCAACAAUUAGCCAUGGACCGCCCACGGGCAUUCCGAGCUACAUAGCCUCGGGCACACACUACUUCGGGGAUGGUCGCUAUCGGUUUCUGGUGCUGCCGCGCUUUGAUCGGGAUCUGCAUUCGCUGAUCAAGAACACGCGCGUGGCACAAAAAUCUCUGCUGGUGCUGGCCAUAAACGUAAUCAAUGUGCUGGAGCAUCUGCAUGACAAGGGCUACUGCCACAACGAUAUCAAGGCGCAGAACCUGAUGAUAUCCAAGUGCAAGUACCUCAAGCGGCAGGCUGUGCAGGGCGGCAAGAGCUACGAUGAGCACUACGAGGAGAAGCAGCAGACGACGGAUAGCGGCAACAGUUCCGAGCAGGAGACUAACGACGAUGACUACUUUGUGAAGAACGACAAGUUUGUGCUAAAGCGCAUUGCGCCCAUCAAAGAGGACCACGAUGUCGAGGACGAGGAUGAGGAUUUCGAUGAUGGUGCCACAACAAAUAGCAACAAUAGCAACAGCCUGGACCUGUACCAGACGCCAGUGAACAAAAAUAAGCGACGCGCUCGCAACGCUGCCGUCGAGUUUAGCGGCUCGAAUCCGAUGCGUUCGUGUCGCCGCAACGAUAGGCGCAACUCCAGCUCCAUGUACGAGGAGAUGGUCAAAUCACAUUAUCUGCGACCGGCCAAGCGCGUCAGCUACUCGGAGCUCUUCAACGAGGAUGGCUACCCGGUGAAGGCGGAUGCCAACAGCGAACAGUCGCCGGAAAGUUCGGACAAUGAGUCCGAUGAGUUUGUGCCGCCGUGUGCCAGACGUUCGGGCGGUGCCAGUGCACCCAAGCGCGUCUCGCGCUCCUCCACCCGCGCCGUCACCCGCCGCCAGGAGCCAAAGCAGCAGCAGCAGCAGCAGCUGAAAAGUGAUGUCUCAGAGCCCGUACGCAAUGGCGGUGCACGAAAUAAGCGUGCCGCGACGCAGUAUCAAUUGGUGCAGGUGGAAGAGGAGCACAUAUUCCUGAUUGACUUUGGUCUGGCCUCCAAGUAUCAGGAUCGCGGCGUGCACAGGCCGUUCAUCAUGGAUCAGCGACGAGCGCAUGAUGGCACACUGGAGUUCACCUCCCGGGAUGCACACCUGGGCGCGCAUUCGCGUCGCAGCGAUUUGGAGUGCUUGGGCUACAAUUUGCUGUACUGGUCGGAGGGUUAUCUGCCAUGGAAGGAUGUGGCGCAGCAGCAGCAGCAGGAGAAGGUGCAUCGCGCCAAGGAGCUGUUCAUGACCGAUGUCUGCGAAAUGCUGCGACAGUUCUAUGGCAAACAGGUUCCUAAAUAUUUGGGCGAAUUUCUGCAGCAGAUCGGACAGCUCGCCUACCAGGAGCGGCCCAACUAUGAGCGCUAUCGCAACAUCUUCAAGCGCGAGUAUCGCCGGCUCGGCUACGAUUGCAGCCAGAUGCAGUUGAGCAGCGAUGAAAUCUUGCGCACACGUGUCUCCAUUAAGGACGAGAUCGAUGGCAGCGCCAAGUGCGACAUAUUCGAGCUGAACAAUAAAAUUGCAUGCAAUGUGAUGCGCAACGCGACGCUCAGCACACCAUUCCAGGAGCACUCGCUAACGAAUCGUGUAUCGCCCAAAAAUCUGCGUUCCAAGUCCAACAAAAAGAAUGCCAAGAAGAAGAAAUUCUCGUGGGCGGAGGUGCUGUCACAGGAUCCCGAUCAAAUAGCACGCGAACGUGCCGUCAAAGAGUUCGAGCGUGAGGAGGUCAUCUGCCCGCUCCAGUCACGUCUGCCCAGGCGGUACGAGGGCAGGCCGACCUAUGCGAUAUUGGCUGUGGAGCAGAGCAGACGGGACAAGGGCCUGAGCGUGCAGGAACACAACAACGAAGAGGCAAGUGAACCGGAUAAAUACGAGACGGUGGAAGAGAACGAUGAUGAUUAUGAGGUGGAAGAGGAGGAGGAGGAGGAUGAUGAAGAGGAGCAGGAGGAGGAAGAAGAGGAGCAGGAGGAGGAGGAAGAGGAGGAGGAGGAAGAAGAAGUUGACAUGGAAGAAGCGGAGCCAGAGGCAACAAGUGAAGACGAAGAGAUGGAUUAUCAGCAGAGCGACGAAAGUGAAGGCACGACACAGUCGGAGGCAGUGCGUCGCGGCCGUGGUCGUCCGCGCAACAGCAGUAAACUGAUUCAGGUGCAGCAGCCGCAUCAACAACAACAACAACAACAGGUGGCCAAAGGGAAAGGGGCGACGCGCAAGCGAGCCGGCAAAUUGAGAAACACAAAUGGCCAUAGUCAGCAGCAGCAGGAGCACAGCAGGAUGAUUGUCACACCGUUAACCACAGUCGGGAGCAAUAAACGUGGCUGCGCCACUCGCAAGGAGAACGCGACAAUGGCGUCCGCCACCGGCGAAUUGGAGCAACAUCAUCAUCAUCAUAAUCACAACAACAACAAGCUAAAGUCCAGUCGAUCGGCGGUGGAUGCAACCAAACAGCGGCGCACCCGUCGUUGUCUAUAUAAGACUGAACCACACAUACGUGGCGAGCGGCAGCAGGAUGUGGAGAACAACUAUGCCACAAAUAUGCAGAACGUGUACAGCGUGUGGCAAUAUGACGAUGAGAACAGCUACGGCAAGGGGCGCAAUGUCAACUCGUCCAGGCAUUGCCGCAAGUGAUACGACAAUUAGAUACCCUAACAAAAAAAAUGAUUAACAUUUGCAACUGUUGCUGAAUGGCAUCAAAUUAGUGGAGCUGGCGGAACUACAUAAAUAAUAGUACAUACAAAUAACA